AUUGAGUUACAGUACUUAUUGAUAUCACUAGUGAAACAGAGCAGAAGAAAAUUCCAUCAUUUGAAACUUUUAGAUGUGCAAUAAUUAUCUGAUUCUUAUUUGUCUCUGAUACGUCACACAAAGACAUUCGUGUAGUUCUUAUUUAUUAUGUACUCCUCAAGGGAAGUAAUUAUUAUACAUGUUGGUUAUCCUGAUAUGCAGUCACAGUAUAACUACUUCUGCUCAUGCUCGGAAGAACAAAUUUUAGCGCCUUUACGUAUGAUGCUUGAAAUGUAAACAUAGGAUUUUGUUCAGUAUUUAAAAAUGAUGACUAGUGUAUCUGAAUAUGAAUUACUCCGCAACAAAAAUGUAAAAGAAAGGGAAGCAUUAUUUUCUACAUUGUUCAAGGAGUUAAAAGAUCUAAGUGAACCACUCAAGAAAUCAGCCCAGGUCAACUCUUUUAAUUUAUCUCGGGAAGGAACAGCUCCAAGGCAGCGUCACACUUAUUUUAAUGUCUUUCCUACAACACGCUCUGUUCGGAUUAGACGUUCAGCAAGACUUAAACGGCUGAAAGAUGAUGAAUAUGUCUGUGAUGAAGAAGAUAGUGAUGAAUCAGAUGAAGAUGAUUAUGUCAGUAAUGACAAUCUGGAUAUGAAAAAUCGUCUGAUUGUGUGCUUUCCAUGUCAGUACAAGUUCAGAGUGGAUAUUUCCUGUAAUGAAGUUAUUGAUGUGUGGGAAGGAAAUGAGAGUGAGGAAUCAUCAGGCGAGGAAGAGCUCUUACCUCAGAGACAGAUCAACAGACGCUUGGCAGAUGUACCAGUUGUCCUUAACCCUGAGGAGGUGACAGAAGCUGACAUCAGAAAUGUUGCUCAGAAAAGUGGGGGAAAGACAUAUUCUUCAGAACAUGGCACAUGCUGUCAUCAGUGCAGGCAGAAAACAUUGGACACCAAAACAAUGUGUCGAUCUGGUAGCUGUGUGGGUGUUCGAGGUCAGUUCUGUGGGCCGUGCCUCAAGAACAGAUAUGGAGAGAGUGCUGAGAAGGCUUUGAAAGAUCCGGACUGGGCUUGUCCACCAUGCCGUGGAUUGUGUAACUGUUCCAUUUGUCGUACAAGGGAAGGUAAAAGACCAACAGGAAUUUUGGUUCCAUUUGUUAAAAGCGAAGGUUACAGUAGUGUGAAAGAGUACCUGCAGUUUGAAGAAGAAUGACACAGUAUUAAUAGAUACGCACUUAGAUAUACUUACAGCAUUUGUUGUGAUACAUAUCUUUGUACUGAAUUGUUUCUGUGUUGCCAUAUUUUAAUGAACAAUGUACAGUCCCUUUAUUUUUAUAAGAUCUGCAUUUUUAGGAGGACAGGCUAUAAAUUAUUAUUCACAUCAUUCUUUGGUUUUGAAUGGAAUGGGCUUAGUGUAAUACAAUGGAUAACAUUGUACUUAAGACAGAGACUGAAGAAUCUUUGAGUUAACUAUUUUCUUAAACAUGACACCAUGAGCAUAUAAAUCUAAUGGCAUAAUUUAUGAAGGGGUGAGAACUUUUUAGAUACAUAUUAGAAAUUACUCAUGUUGCAUAAGUUUAAUAUAACACGUGCUAAUUUUAUUGGUAGUUAUCAUAUGCUUCACAGGUUCUCAAUGAGUUCAUUAGCACUGUAAACAUCUUUAACUAAUCCCAGUAAACGAUAGUUGGCUGAACUAAAUGCUGUCUCCACCUUGGAGAUUUAUGUGAGGCAAUCACUUCACUUCAUGUAGUAAGAUAUACCCACUCAUAACUUGCAAU